GGCUUGUCCGAAUACGCCUGGGCAAAAUAGCGCCAAUACGCGUGUGUAAACACUGCGCAUGCGCAAUGCAGUAAGGCGUGUGUAAGGAGGAAUUUCGCUCGGGAACUCUGACAGUUGUGUAAAAUUGAGCUCGGACUUUAUAUUUUCUGUCUAAUAAAAUAUGGCCGGAUAAUAAUAAACUACAGGAGAGUUGAAGAUGGAGAUCUGCUCAGAGGCGGACAGUGUGGAGAAAAGACGUGAACACUGGAAGCUCCUGUCCAACCUGAAGACAACCGUCGAAGGACUUCUGUCUACAAAUAACCCAAAUGUCUGGUCUCGCUAUGGAGGAUUGCAGCGACUUCACAAAGACAUGACCAACAUCCUGAGUCAUGGCCUCAAACACGAACAGGUGUACUAUAAGCAGAAGGAUUACUGGCGCUUUGUGUGGUGUCUGCGGUCCAUCAGUCCCAGUCUUGCUCCUCAUGUAGAACAGUUCAGUCAGAUGGAGCCGGUGUUAAGCAGCAGUGUUCAGUGUGAGAGUGAUAAGGCUGAGCGUUGGCUCCUCCACAGCCUGCAGAGUCACACACUCUCCAUACAACUAAAACCCCUGAUCACACACCACAACACCACCCGCAAGUACUAUACAGACGAGGCGUUUCUUCUGAGUGAGCUGCAUGUGGCAGCCAUGUUUCAGUGUUUGGAGGCGGUGGAGCAGAACGACGCACGGCUGCUUGCCCUCAUCAACACCACCCGCCUGUCCUAUUUGAAGGAGUGUGUUCCUGUGGAUCUGCUCACCUCUCCGCAGUGUGUGCUGCCUGGAGUUUCCAUACGCACACACGCGCCGUCCUGCUCAUUCAGAGACAACACACACACUUCAUACACCGAGAGGAGUACAGAUGCAGCAGUGUGUGUAAGCGCCUCGGGGGCCCCGUGGGCGUGUUUGAGCACUGACCAAAGCAUCUUGGAACCACUGAUAACCCAGAAUUCUCAGACCGACUCCACCCAUCCUGUUAACCCUGCCCCCUCUGAGGGUGGAGACUGUGAUGGUGAUGAUGGGCCAGAGUAUCUCGCCAUCGGGAACCUGGGGAGGCGGAGCCGCAGAGGUUCUGGCAGCUCGGCACAAAGCACCGAGCACUCUCAGAUCAGGGCCCACAUACCUGAAGCUCCGCCCCCUUCCCAAAGACGCAGCUCCUUCUCUGAUAUGGAAAGGGGAAAGAGACGAAGCUUCAGGGGUCACGCAAGGUCCCUGUCUGAUACAGGGGUCAUGCAGAAACACAAACAAGGAGGGAACCAGAGGAAAAUCACCAUUAUAAUAGAGGAUCCCGCUGAAGAGUCAGCUGUAGAUGAGCAGUGUGUGAGUAGUUUCGGGCCUUUCUCCCCUCACAGCAGUGACAGCAGUCACAGUUCUCUCUACAUGGAGGCCGGAGGACUUCAGUAUGGUAGCGGGUCUGAUGGAUUGUUCCGGAAGCCGUCAGAAGGUCAGAGUCUGAUCAGCUACUUGUCAGAGCAGGACUUUGGCAGCUGUGCAGAUCUGGAGAAGGAGAAUGCACACUUCAGCAUCUCCGAAUCUCUGAUUGCCGCCAUCGAGCUAAUGAAAUGUAAGAUGAGGGCGGAGGAGGCAGAUGAGGAUGGAGACAGCGACAGUGAGAUCCAGCAGCUCAAACAGAAGAUCCGUCUGCGCAGACAGCAGAUCCGCCGCAACCGCCUGCAAACUCCCAGCUCUACCCACCAAACUCUUCCCUCCACAGACAGUGGUGGAUCACUGCGGAGCUCCAGGGAUUCCCUGCUCCACUCUGACUCUGGAUCAGCUGAUGAUGUGGAGGACCCUGUGCUGAGAGAUGCAGAUGUUAAACAGAAUGUAAAUCUGAGCAGCAGGUCCUUCAUCAGCUCUGAUUCUGUGUCUCAGUGGUUGUUGCAGUCGAAUAGUGCUGAAUCAGUUGCAAUGGGGCUGCUGCGUCAGUUUGAGGGUUUGCAGCUUCCCGCUGCCUCUGAACUUGAGUGGCUUGUCCCUGAACAUGAUGCUCCUCAGAAGCUGCUGCCGAUGCCUGACUCGGUGCCGAUCUCUCCGGAUGAUGGUGAACACGCUGACGUGUAUAAACUGCGAAUCCGUGUGAGGGGGAAUCUCGAGUGGGCACCCCCGAGACCUCAGAUCAUCUUCAACAUCCAUCAUGCCCCCAAGAGGAAGGUGUUGGUGAUGAAGCAGAAUUACAGGUGUGCAGGAUGUGGAACUCGUAUUGACCCAGAUUACAUUAAGAGGCUGCGUUACUGCGAGUACCUAGGCCGGUAUUUCUGUCAGUGUUGCCAUGAAAACGCGGUUGCCGUGGUGCCAGGGCGCGUCCUGUGUAAAUGGGAUUUCAGUAAAUAUUACGUCAGUAACUUUGCCCGAGACCUGUUGCGAAAAAUUGCCCAGGAUCCUUUGUUCAACCUCAACGACAUCAACAGCGGCUUGUACAAGAAGGUGAAGAACCUGGAGGCCGUGCGGGUCUUGAGGCUGCAGCUGUUCCACAUGAAGAACCUCUUUAAGACCUGCCGUCUAGCCAAAGAAGUCCUGCAGCACUUUGACUCAGUUCCUGCACACUUGACUGAGGAUCUCCACCUGUUUUCUCUGAAUGACCUGACAGCCGUGCGUGCCGGUGACCUCGCACCCAAGCUGCGUGACCUUGUGCGGGUGGGGUCAGAGCAUGUCGCUUCCUGUGUGCUGUGUCAGGCAAAGGGAUUCGUUUGUGAGUUCUGUGGGAAUGAUAAGGACAUCAUCUUCCCCUUUGAGCUGAACAAGUGUCGCCGCUGUGAGGAAUGCAGUGCGUGUUAUCACCGCUCGUGCUUUAAGAACAAGAGUGUGUGUCCGCGGUGUCGCCGCCUGGCUGAGAGACGAGAGAGGAUGAACAGCACAAACACAGAGGAGGAGGAGGGGCAAUAACACACACAGACACACACACUCACUCACACUCACUCACACACUCACAUACCACUGCUUUAGAUUAAAUGUGUAAUGUGUGAUAUUGUGUUACUGCAGAUAUGCUGACUCUGACCAUUUUGUUAAAAAUCUUUAUUUUUUUAUUUUCAGAGAUUUUUAUGUCACAUCAAAAAUCAGUGUGUUUAAAUUAUUUCUCAUUUAUUUUUGUGUGUGUACCUCAUCAGCACUUUGUGUUUUACAUUGAACAGGUUUGUGUGAUUGUUUUGUGUGUGUUUGUAUGUGUUUAAUCAGGUAAUACAGCGGGUCUCACUACAUAUAUGUAUUUUAUAAAUAUAGAAAAUUAAUGUAAUCAAAUUGUUUAACCAGUAUUGAAACCUAAUAACAAUGUUAGCAUAAUGCUAACUAUGAGUGAAAUCACUGUUGGGUUAGUUACUCUCUCUCACACACACACACAGACAAUUUUCUAUAGAUUCUAAUCUUCAGUCUGUGACUGAGUGUGUAAAUAAACUCAUAUGGUAAUGAUACCACUGUGUGUGUGUGUGUGUGUGUGUGUGUGUGUGUGUGUGUGUGUGUGUGUGUGUGUGUGUGUGUGUGUGUGUGUGCCUGCGUGCACAGCAGCUCUGCAUUAACCUGAUGCUAACAUGACCAAUGCUCUUUCUGUCACACAAAUUUUUGUUCUUUUAUAUUUUCAGCCUUUGUGUGUAAAUGGAGUAAAUCAGUUUCACGCUCCAUCUCACUCCUGAUUCUCAUCACUUCAUCCUAAAAGGCUUUUAUUUGAAUAAACCUGAGAUUAAAAUGCACUACUGAGAAAAUGUGUAUGAAAGUUAAAUAAUGUGAUAUAAAUUUACUAUUAAAGACGUUCAGACUGUUUUA